CUGCGAGGGCGGCGGUGCGGGGGCGCCGUGCGGCUCCGGGCGCAGCCGGCAGGGCAGAGCCCGCUGGAAAUGCCCAUUUAGCGCUCCUUGCCUUCGGCUGCGCUGGGCUGGCCCCGGGCUACGCCUUUCAGGGCGGUGUAAAGCCAGGCCUAAAGUUAGGACGAGGCUGGGGUUUUCCUACCACCCCCCUCACCCGCUGCAGUUUUCGGAUCGCAGCUGUUUAAACCCAAAACCCCACAGAUUGUGUAACAACUCGUGCCCAUUCCAAUUUCGGGGGCUGAGGUGACCAGAUGGGGGUGCGCAAACUGGGAAUUCAAAGAGUUAAUGGUGUUCGGGUGUGUUGGCGGCGGCGCGGCUGGUGCGAGGCAGGAGAUGUACCCGGAGACCUCUGAAAUGAGGGAACCCAAGGUUCCUGGUGCAGGGAGGUGAUUCAGCGUCAGAUGGAAAUUCAGCCUGUUUCUCUGGGGGAAGGUUUGCCUUUGAGAAAAUGAAUACAGGACCAUGAAAUCCAGGAUAAUAAAGUCAAACAAAGGUAACAAGGAAAGAGCAGAGUCUGUGGGUUCGCAGCAGUCAACCCCGAGGAACCCCUUCCAUCUUCAGAGGCUUUAAUGGAUGAGGUGGAGCAGGAACACUGAAUAUAUUUGGGUCUGCGGUGGGGAGUGAAAGCAUCUGUGCAGCAAAGCUGAGUUGGGUUUCAGGACGGUUUUCCGGUGCUCCGUGUGCUGUUGGAGCUCAGCAGGGCCCCGAGUGUCAGCACAGCUGACCGGGGCUGUCCCUGACCUUGGUCACUCCUCUGCAGCCCUCCGGGGAGUGCUGCAGGCUGGCUGCUCCUUCCCGAGUUUGUUCUCGUUGGGCUGAAUGCCUCCAAGGAGAAAUACUAAUAAUUAGGGUACAGGGAGUAAUUACAUCGCUGACCAGAGAUGCAUUAGCAGGACGGGGAUGUGCUAAUUAUCCCCACACACCACCCAAACUGAGUGGGAAUUGGAUAGUCCCUGGCUUUGUGCACUGAGGAGCCCGAGUGGGGCCAAGCCUGCCUUGGCAGAGCCGUGAGUGUGCACAGGCAUUCCCCAGGUGUCUGGCAUCGGUGGAACCCACCGGAUCGAAGUUGAAGGUUGUAAGAGGCUGACUCACCGUCUGAGCCCAGCAAUGGGAUUCAAGUUGAUUUGCUCUCAGUUAUUGUGUCAACAAGUCAUUGGUGAUAAAAGGUCAUAAAGCAUUGUAGUGUGGAGCACUGACAGACGCUGUCUGCGGGCCCAGGGACAAUCCCAGCCAGCAGAAAUCUGCUGUUCUGGGCGUCUGAAUUUACUCCGUGUCUUGCAAGCUGUGUGUGCACAGCACACGUUAUUAGCAGGGACUGCUUGUAAAGUUAAGUGUAAAAGAGGUGGUGGAAACCAGCCCCACUAAGGAUUCUUCAAAAUGUCACUUUUUGUCCUUUUCAAGAGGAAUCAGUGCCCGAUUUUGGUCUCCAUUCUAAGUUCAGGAUUAACCUGGACUUUGUGUCUUUGCAAGCACGCUUCUGAAGAUUUAAUUCUGACAGCAUUUUCAACAUGGAGAACCAACACAGCAGAGUUCGAGGAGCGUUAAAAUAAUUUUGAUGAUUGCUUCCUGAUCCUUUGCAGCUCCUGGGAAACAGUCUGACCAUGGCCCUCCACCCGCGCAGGGUGCGCCUGAAGCCGUGGCUGGUGGCCCAGGUGGACAGCGGGAUGUACCCCGGGCUGGUCUGGCUGAACCGCGAGGCCAAGCGCUUCCAGAUCCCCUGGAAACACGCGACUCGGCACAGCCCCCAGCACGAGGAGGAGAACACCAUCUUCAAGGCAUGGGCCGUGGAAACGGGAAAGUACCAGGAAGGAGUGGACGAGCCCGACCCUGCCAAGUGGAAAGCCCAGCUCCGAUGUGCACUUAACAAGAGCCGGGAGUUCAAUUUGAUGUACGAUGGCACCAAGGAGGUGCCCAUGAACCCCAUUAAAAUUUAUGAAGUGUGCGACAUCCCGCAGUCGCAGGGAUCAAUCAUUAAUCCAGGUUCCACUGGCUCAGCUCCGUGGGAUGAAAAGGAUAAUGAUCUUGAUGAUGAAGAGGAAGAAGAAUUGAAUCAAUCUCAGCAUGUCCCAAUUCAAGAGACGUUUCCAUUUCUUAAUAUCAAUGAUUCUCCGAUGGCUCCAGCCAAUGCGGAAAACUGCAGCCCUCAAACUGUGUGGCCAAAGAACGAACCUCUGGAUAUGGAAAUGCCCCCAACGGCGCUGCAGCACGACUUCUUCAGCAGCCCCGAGCUCUGGAUCAGCUCCCUGCCAAUGACAGACCUAGAAAUCAAGUUUGAGUAUCGAGGGAAGGAAACCGGACCCACGACGACCGUGAGCAACCCGCAGGGCUGCAGACUGUUCUACGGAGAGCUGGGUCCCAUGCCAGACCAGGAGGAGCUCUUUGGGCCCAUCAGUUUGGAGCAGGUCAAGUUCCCAGGGACGGAGCAGAUCACCAAUGAGAGGCAGAAGAUCUUCACGAGCCGGCUGCUGGAUGUUAUGGACAGGGGACUGAUCCUGGAGGUCAGCGGCCACGCCAUCUACGCCGUGCGGCUCUGCCAGUGCAAGGUGUACUGGUCUGGGCCCUGCGCCCCCUCCUCCACCACCCCAAAUCUCAUCGAGAGGCAGAAGAAGGUCAAGCUCUUCUGUCUGGAAACGUUCCUGAGUGAGCUGAUUGCCCAUCAGAAGGGUCAAAUUGAGAAACAGCCACCAUACGAGAUCUACUUCUGUUUUGGAGAAGAGUGGCCUGAUGGAAAACCCAGGGAGAGGAAGCUGAUCGUUGUGCAGGUCAUCCCCGUUGUGGCCCGGAUGAUCUACGAGAUGUUCUCCGGGGACUUCACGCGCUCCUUCGACAGCGGCAGCGUGCGGCUGCAGAUCUCCACGCCGGACAUCAAGGACAACAUCGUGGCGCACCUGAAGCAGCUGUACCGGCUGCUGCAGAACCACCAGGAGGGCUGGCCCAUGCAGGCCCCUGCCAUGCACAUGGCACAGCCACUGCCAGCACAGUGAGCGGCCCUCGGCUUCCCCCGGGGCUCCUUAGUUGUACAUAUACACGAGUGUUCCUUAACCAGUGCCUUGCUUUAAUCUGAGUAAAUAAAAUCUGUAAAUCUCGUCACCUGAUGCCACAGUUUUAGCAGUCUGUGGUGCUUUUGUUUUGGCUCAAAACAGAGGGGGAUUACAGGAAUACUUUUCACUCCUUCACCCUUUACACCUUGUUUGCUUAAGCAACCCCUCUGUAUAAAUCAGAUUUUCAAUUCUGUAAAAUUUUUAAUCUGCUAUUAAUACAAUGUAUAUAAACAGUUGAUCAUUAGAGGAGGAGAAAGAGAAUCAUUUGUGCUCUAUUAAACGUGCCUGGACAAUAUCAC